AUGGAAGACGGUGGAAAUGAAUCGUAUCGUUUGGAUGCGACUGUUGUUAUGUCCGAUUCUGAGGAUAAGGAUGUCCUUGGAUUAAACCGACUAAGCGAAAGAGGGUACAGUAUUCGGGGCCUACCUCACUGGACUGGAGACACAACCGAGGUUAAUGGAGAUGCUGGAUUUGAAACUAUCUGCCCACGUGCUGCAUUGAUGUUGAGAAAUGCAGACCGAGGAGAGGGGUCGAAUGAGGAAGGUUGA